AUGGAUAUAACCAACUUAUGCCGUGGAUGUAUGACAGAACUAACACCGACCGAAGAAGAGAACUUAAAGACCACUUUGGAAAUGUUUUGUUUCUGCACUAAUAUUUUGGUAGGAGACGAUGAAACAUUACCACAACAGUUUUGUUGCGAAUGUAAGAAAAGCAUAGAAAGCGCGUUUGCAUUUAUUAAAAGAGCCCAAAACGUAAAUAUUACCCUUAGAAACUUGACAUGUAGAAACACUAGUGUUAUUGUACCAAAUAAACAAAAAGAUUCGAUCACAUUAACAUUACCUAGCUAUAAAUUAUGUGUGGGUGUCUCUAAUGAUCAUAAAAAUGAAAUUAUCAAUUCAAAUAAACCACUAUCUGACACCAACCAUAGCAAAGAUAGCUUAUUACCUGCUAUUAAACCAGAUUCUAAUGACCAAAAAGCUUCAAAACCAAAUAUAUGUCCUAUUUGCAAAAAAGGCUUUAUGUUUAAGUCGUGGCUUUCCAAACACAUGGAAGAGUGCUCUUAUCAGGAAUUUUUCUGUGCCAUCUGUACUAAAAGAUUCCAAAGCAAAUCAAAAUUAUCACAGCAUCUACUCAUUCAUUCCGAGGAGAGAAAGUUUUCCUGCAGCACAUGUGGAAGACAGUACAAGAGACGCAAACACUUGACAACGCAUAUCAAAACACAUUCCACAGAUAGACCAUUUGCUUGUGAAAAAUGUCCUAAAAAAUUUAAGUUGAAGAAAAUACUUCAGAGCCACAUGAAGUUACAUGAUCCUGUUAAGCAAUACCUCUGCUCAUUUUGCGGAUGGAGUAAUAAUCUUGCUAUGAACUUAGAAGCUCACCUCCGUACGCACACAGGCGCAAAGCCAUAUUCUUGCGACGUUUGUGAGUUUCGAACGGCCGCCGCUUGCUCGUUGCGGCGCCACAGGCUGCGUCACGCCCAGUGUCGUCCACACGUUUGUACGCGUUGUGGAAAAGCGUUCUACGAUUCUAGUGCUCUGAUGCGCCACACUCGCACCCACACAGGUGAACUACCCUACAAGUGUGCAUGGUGCCCACGGGCGUUUGUCGACAGCUGGAAACGCAAAAACCACCUCAUACGUGCUCAUGGGCUCGCGCUUGAAGAGAUUCCGCGCAUGCGCAAAGAUGGAGGCACUUAUUGA